UGCUAUAUUAGCAUAUGCUUAAAAUAUCAUAUCAUAAACUUGGUGCUCAUAUAAUUACUGUGUUAAUGGAGGAUGGAGGAAAUACAUCAAGAAUAUUCCAGACUACAUCAACAAUAGAUGAAGCAAAAACUUAUUGUGUUACAGGUGCAACUGGUUAUAUUGGAUCGUGGCUCGUCAAGGCGCUACUUCAAAAGGGUUGUAAAGUUCAUGCUGCCGUUAGGGUUCUAGAAAAGGCUUCAUAUCUAAAAUCCAAAUGGGAUAAUGAAGAUCGGUUGAAGCUCUUUAAGGCCGAUUUACAAGAUGAAGGAAGUUUCGAUGAAGCUGUGGACAAUUGCGAUGGGGUGUUCCAUGUAGCAGCUUCUAUGGAAUUCAAUAUUAAAGAUCAAGAAAAUAUUGAAAGUUAUGUACAAUCGAACAUCAUUGAUCCAGCAAUCAAAGGAACUUUAAACCUUCUGAGAGCAUGCAAAAGAUCAAAAUCAGUGAAAAGGGUGGUCUUAACAUCUUCUAUCAGCACCAUAACAGCUAAGAACAACGACGGAAAUUGGAUACCUGUGGUUGAUGAAUCUUGUCAAGUUUCUUUUGAUCGUGUUUGGAAUACAAGAGCUAGCGGAUGGGUUUAUGUAUUAUCAAAGCUUAGCUCCGAGGAAGCAGCGUUUAAGUUUGCUAAUGAGAACGGACUUGACCUUGUAUCAGUCAUCACUACCACCGUAGCUGGUCCCUUCCUUACUUCGACCGUUCCAUCGAGCGUUCGAGUCCUCUUAUCACCCAUAACAGGUGAUCCUGAGCUACUCCCAAUUUUAAAAGCCGUGAACGCGAGAAUGGGCUCGAUUGCCCUAGUACACAUUGAAGACAUAUGCAAUGCGCACAUAUUUCUUAUGGAACAUCCAAAUUCUGAAGGCCGUUACAUGUGUUGCACUCAAAAUUGUCAUAUGUCACACUUAUUGGAACUUCUUGCUCAAUCAUAUCCUAGUACAUCAAAUAUGAACUGGUCGAAUGAUGAAGGCAUCGUCCCAUCAGUGAUUUCGUCAAAGAAAUUGAAGGAUUUGGGAUUUGAAUAUAAACAUGGCCUAGUAACUAUUAUCAACCAUACUAUUAAGCAAUGUAUGGAAUGUGAUUACCUACCUUCCAUUGAAUAGUUAUUAGUUAUUUGUUUCCUAUGAAUUUUGUUAAUCUAUGAGGACAAGAUCAACUAGGAAUAUAUACCAAACAUUGCAUCUUAUUUGAUCUUUUUUAUGAAAAUAUUGUAUUAGUACUUGGAAAAUCAGUUGUUACUUUAUACUAACAUCAUGUUAAUGAAGGUUAUUAAAUUUAGAGUGCCUACACAAAUUUCACAAUUGUAUGUAGA